UGACAGUUAGACUAUGAACAGCCACAAGCACCACCAGUCAUUCUGAUGUGGUCAACAUGAAGCUUUCUAUCGUCACUCUCAUUGCACUGAGUUGCAUUUACUGGACGGUCUGUGGAAAACUGGUGGAGCUGGUGGUCAAACCUGGAGAUAAUGCGACUCUACACUGUGACCGUGAGAAUUUUGGACAGGACAUUCAGUGGUUCAAGAUCUGCUCUUUUCAAAUCCAGCCACUUCUGGUCAUCUCUGCUUACAACAGCCUGACAGAGCCCAUCCCACGGUUCCAUGUGCUAUCUAACAAUAGGCCUACUUCCAAUUCCUAUGAUUUAUUGAUCAAGAACAUCACUGAAGCAGACCUGUGCCUGUAUUAUUGUUCAAGUGAGGUAGAAAAGAUUAUGGACGAAAAUGGAAAAAUCUCGGAGAAGAAGGUUUACCACAAUGGUGAUAUGUUUACAAAGCUCACAUUUACUACACCUGUGUUGACCUCAGACAGUCCUCAGGAGUCUGUGCGUGACUGUUGGCAUUACCGGCUGAUGCUGCUAACACUGUGUCCUUUGUCUUCUCUUCUCUUUGCCAUUUUGGCUCUAUGUGUCUACAUCUGCUGCUGCAAGACAGUUGUGAAGGAGCCUGAAGGUCAUCAAAGCAGCUCUGACAUGCAAAGACAACUGAAUCCGGAACAGGAUGCCAGUACAGAAAUCUAUUACGCAUCACUAAACCACCCCAAGCGAGGAGGCAAACAUCCCCAAGCAAAAAAGCAAAAGAUCAACCGUCUGCAAAGCUCAGACUUCAGUGUUUAUGAUGGUAUCAGAAUGCAAAACUAGAUAAGUCAACUGGUUUGGCCAAAAUAAACUCCACCAGGGAGAACAGUUUUAUCAAAACUAUUAGUUAUUAUUGGUUAUCUUAGUUUUUACAGUUACCUACACAAUGAAUAAACUACUGUACGGUAGUAUAUACACAUAUACCUGCUGUAAAACAUAGUGCAACUGAUAAUAUAUUGAUAAAGGGAUUGAUAAAGUGAUAUCCGAGCAACAGGGACAUUAAUGCUAAGGACAAAAUACAGUUUAGCAGUCAUUUAAUUAAUUAUAAAAUAUU